ACCCGUCGCAGCAUGGGCUCCCUUCUACAGCUAUCGUGUGCGGCGUUAGCCCUGUUUUUUGUUACCAGCGAAGCUACUUUCGGCAAAGAACAUGUCCACAUUCGAGUGCACAUCCCCACGAUCGUCAAGGAGGUACACCAUGAACAGAAGGAGAUAGUCCAUGUGGAGGAGCACAAACAUCACGAGGAGCAUGAUGACCACGGUGACGACUAUGGCGGCGGUGGCGGUUUCGGAGGUGGCUUCGGCGGCGGUUUUGGAGGCGGCGGUGGCGGAUACGGCGGCGGUGGCCAUGGAGGGGGCGGCGGUGGAUACGGGGGUGGCGGCCAUGGAGGAGGAGCGGAGGUGGCGGUGGCGGCCACGGUGGUGGCGGCUACGGAGGCGGUGGAGGUGGCGGUUUUGGCGGAGGAUAUGGAGGCGGAGACGACCACCAUGGCGGCGGCGGCGGCGGAUAUGGAGGAGGUGGCGGAUUUGGCGGCGGCUUUGGAGGAGGAGAUGACCAUCACGGAGGCGGAGGGUACGGAGGUGGCAGUAGUUUUGGAGGAAGCGGCUUUGGAGGAAGCGGCUAUGGAGGCGGCGACGACCACCAUGGUGGAGGCGGAGGCGGUGGAGGUGGAUACAGCUACGGAGGCGGUGACAGCUACAGCGGAGGUGGCGGUGGUCAUGGAGGCGGCGGGGACGGUGGAUACAGCUAUGGAGGCGGUGAUAGCUACAGCGGAGGCGGUGGAUUCGGAGGUGGUCACAACGACAUUGGUGGAUACAGCUACGGCGGUGGAGACAGUGGUCAUGGAGGCGGUGGAUAUGGAGGCGGCAGCCACGGGGGUGGAGGUUAUGGAGGCGGUGGUGGAUUUGGAGGCGGUGGCCAUGGAGGCGGUGGAUACGGAGGCGGUGGCCAUGGAGGCGGUGGAUACGGAGGCGGUGGUGGUUUUGGAGGUGGCGGCGGCCACGGAUGGGAAGACGACAAGAAGAAAUAAUCCACAAAGUCAUAAAACAAAUCACCAUUCUGUUUCCUUCAUCGAUAUCAUCGUCGUCAUAAUCAUCGAUAUCAUCUACCACGAUCAUCGCCAUCGCUCCAGACAUAGAAUGGUCUUGUCUCAUGAGCGUACCUAACCUCGCCAUACAGUACAACUCCCAUCCCUCUUCGCUACCCCUAGCAUAAGACGCACCGACUGAUCUUUGUUGUUCUCUUUUGUUGUUAUCGUUUUUCGUUAGCUGUGAAUAUUUUGUAAAUACGAAUGUCGUAGUGUGAAUGAUGAAUACAUGUGUGUUUAUAAAC